AUGGCAGACGAAUCACCAGCACAGCGAUCCGCCCGAGUGCGCCGUGAGCGCCGCGAGGCAAAGAUCAAGGAAGGAGGCUCAGCGCGCCUGGACAAGAUCACCAGUCUCAGUGGACGCACACCACAACCUGACCGUGAAGAAGCCUCCCCAUCCCCUCGACCUCAGCGCGCAAUCUCCGCAUCUCCCUCGCCUCAACCAGACAUGCAGUCACCAGAAGCGAUCCGCGCCCAGCAGGAAGCGUUUUUCUCGAUGCUCCGACAAUCCGCACCGGAACCAGGCCAGGGCGUGCAUCCCGACCCACAAGCGCCAAAUAGCCUUCAGGCACAGCAAGAAGCAUUCCGCGCGAUGUUGAGACAAUCCGGACAGGACCAAGGACAGGGCCAGCCGCCCAGCGACGCCGAAGACCCCACCAUCAAACUCCUGAACUCUCUCAUGGGUGCUAUACCCGGCGGUGACCCCAAUGCCCCAGCAGGAGCACCUCCAGCCGGCGCAGGCAACCAACCGGCACCUGGAUUCUCGCCCGCUGCUAUCGCAUCAAUGCUCGGCGUCCCGCCUUUCAUCGCCAAUAUGCUGGGUGGAGCGACGCCGCCAACAGAGGCGGAGCAGAAGCGCGCUCGGAUUUGGAAGACUCUGCACACUGUCUUUGCUUUGGCGGUUGCUGUUUACCUGCUAUUUAUUAUUGGGACUUCGGUUGCGUUGUUCGGUAGUCCCCCGCCAAAGCCUGCGACGGCACAGAACCCCUUUGCGAUUUUUGUGACAGGAGAGUUGCUGUUGACUGGGAGUAAGGUGUUGCUUGGUGGGAAGUCUGGUGGUAUGGGAAUGGCAGUGCAGCUUUUCAGAGAUGUCGUGAGGGAUGGUAGUCUCCUGCUGUUCAUGUUGGGCAUGGGGACUUGGUACAAUGGCGCAUGGCAGACUACGGCAUGA